AUGACCCAAUUUGGCACUACGGAUUCGGCUACGCAUCUCAAUCGAAUAUUACCAUUGCCAUCAAUACCAUCUUACGUAGGACGACAUCCUAUUUAUCCCAAACCACGUUUAACAGAAUGUAGUACAACCGUUUAUAAUCCAUUAUUUGCGGGACAUUGGAAUAAGCAAACGGAUAAUUAUGCACGAAGAAAAUCUGAUUACCAUUGUGGAGCAUAUACCUACCUCGGACCAGAAUGGUUUAAAGAAGCGCCAAAAUAUUAUGCAACACAUCAGACACAAAGACCAGGAACAGCAGGACAAACUACAGAAAGUCACUAUAGUUUCGGUAAUAAUCGUCCUCAAACCGUACCAAAUCAUACAACACGAACAAGCGCAGAAUGGUCAAAAUUUUUAGAUCAUUGUCCAGAACGAUUUGAAAUUGUUUAUCCAACACCGGAUGACGUUAAUGAUUUGUGUUUUCGAAAUAAUAAAGUUCAAUAUGACAUGAGUUUAAACCAAAGUGGUCGUUACACAUUUCAAACGGACAAACAACCGUUUUAUCUCACAAGGGGUAUAUCAAACAGAAUCGAACCAGUCACUAAUCCGUAUCGAUGUUUCGAUGCUCGCAAUGCCACUGUCAUUAAUCAUAAAUCAUGGGUACCUUAUGGCAAUACACUUUGUCGUUAUCAAGAUUAUACUAAACAAAAUUCUCACUUUUAA